AUCGCAAUUCGCCACCCCAUUCCCAUUCUCUUGUUUAGUCUAUCUUUGUGGUUAGAAAUAUCGUAUUGCAGCAUUUCAAUUGUCAUCAACGCUUGGGGAUCUCCAAAUAUCUCAAAAGAAUAUCAGAACACUCGAGGCAGCGGAUAUCCUUCCUGAAGCAUCAAACAUUCCUUCGGAAUUCUGAAAUAAGAGUUCACAAGCAAAAUGUCGCACACCAUCCUCUUGGUUCAACCUGGAAACAGACCCGAGACCAGGACUUAUUCUGAUUAUGAGAGCGUUAAUGAGUGCAUGGAAGGUGUAUGCAAAAUCUACGAAGAGCACCUGAAAAAGAGAAAUCCAAACACUCCAACGAUAACCUACGACAUCAGUCAACUGUUCGAUUUCGUCGAUCAACUGACAGAUCUCUCGUGUCUGGUCUAUCAAAAAUCGACAAACAGCUAUGCCCCAUACAAUAAGGACUGGAUCAAGGAGAAAAUCUACGUUCUGCUGCGUCGGGCAGCUGGACACAGCGAGUGAAUCCUCGGAUUACUCUAGGAUCACAAAAUAUAAACGUACAUAAGAAGAUAACGUCUAGAUUACCUUUAUCAUACGUAUUAAGUUAAUGAUAAUUCAUGGUAUUUCUCUACUGUUUGUAAAAUGUAAAUUCAUUUAAGGAUUA